UGGGAGGAUCUCUUAGCCCAUUACCUUGACAACCGCAAACUUUGCACGUUGGGAAGUGCGCAGAUAGCUCGGCUUGCUGGUGGUUGUUGUGGACACCCCUCUGAGGUGCCAUCGGAUAGAGAUCUUGUGAUUCAACAGCCGAUGACGAGAUGGACCAACAGCCGAGGAUGAACAUAGGCGGAAUUGGUUCGAACUUUGGCUGCGAUUGGCACCUGCGGGACGUGGGGUUUUCUGCUGCUUUGGCGGAAUAAUAAUAAUGAAUAACGGCACACAAUGGGAUGCCACGGGGUGGCGAGCGCGGCUAAGGCUCCGAGAUCGCUUCCCAACUUCGACCCUAGAAACUGGUUGCAGAAUUCUUCCGCGCCAGACACGUUGAGAACGAGCAACAAACAAGUACCAAUCAACUUACCAGCCUCAUAUCUUUCUGCCUCACGGUUUCCCCCCCAAAAUUCCCUUCGUCCUUCACCAUGGCCGAUAAAUUGCGCACUCUCCAACAACUCGAGUCCCUGCAGGCCAAAUACGUAGGCACUGGCCACGCCGACACCACCCGCUACGAAUGGAGCCAAAACAUUGUCCGCGACUCUCUCGCCAGUUAUGUCGGUCACCCUCCUCUGCUUGCGUACAUGGCCCUCGGACUGGGAGAGAACAAGGAGAUCGUAAGAGGACAGAUGAUUGAAAAGAUGAUCAGGGCGAGCGGACCGCCGCCACAAAGAGAUGAGGACUGAAAGAUAUCGGGUUUCACAUCAGACAUCUUAUGACAACAGACCACAUCAAGAGAUGAGGACGGACAUUCAGCGUGCCCUCGACUUGUUUCGAGGAUAGAGAACCGGCUCCCCCAACGUCCACGACGGACGUACAGCUUCACGGUCUUUUUCAAGCCAAACCAACCCUUGAGCUCUCCGAGACCGAGAUCGACGCCGGCACAUUAUUUAGGCGGAGCUCUCGACACGCGAGCCCCCUUUCGUGAGUACCAAGCAUUCGGGUCAGGAACGCCAAUAUUUUCUGGGGAGGAGUGGCCUUGCAUGAUUUCAGAACCUGUCAAUUGCAAAUCACGAAAGAGGAGCUUAUUGCAGCCCGGGGUGGAAAGAAGCACGCGUGGGUCGGAAGCUAGGAGACGAACCAGCUAUGGAUAUGGAAUUUUUGAUUUCGUACCAGGCCUUCUUGAAAGUACAAUAUGUGCAGUACGGGAAAAUCUGUCUGCAUAUCAAUCAAGUUGAACUCGUCAUGCCCGUAAAAAGAUUUGCAGUUCAUUCUGUCCUUGCUUGCUUUCUCAAUCCCUAGGGCAAUUGUGGGAAACCACUGUGCCUCGUCCCCUGAACAAAACCACCAAGCUCUUCGCUCUGGAGAAAGAAAUGGCCCGCGGAUGGCCUGUUGAAAAGGACAAAAGAGAAUAUAAGUAUGGA